UCAUAGUUGUUGUAUGAAGCAUUUCGACGGAGGUUGAGCCGUGGAGGUGCAAUCAUGACCUUGGUGUGAGUCGAGAGAUCCAGCGGAGGAACCAUGGUGACGGUGAUGCCUGUUGAGUGAAGUCCACCAUAUAACAAAUGACUAAUACAUGAAUCUGAAAUGAUAAUAAUAAUAAAAAUAUGUGAGAGAAUGAGAGAAAGGAUGAAGGGUGCGCGAGUAUUUCCAAUAAGAUGCCAAUACCAAGGGAGAGUGUACCCAGCCUCAGUAAGAGACGACUCGAUAUGCCACAAGACAAGAGCAGGCCACCCGAGCAGCCGAGGGAGGAAAAGUAACAGUAAUAAUAAUAAAAAGAGAGCGGCAGAGACGGGUCAGCCAAGAUCAGGCUCUCAACCACUCACACCCUUUAUAAUAAACAAGGAGAGCGAGGCGUGCAGGUAUUCCAAUAAAGUUUUCCCCCACACAGCGUUAGGCAAAAAGAUGAGGACCCUAGCAGACACCGCCGAUCAUCAUGGGAGCCAAGGGCUUUUUGAUAGUAAGGCACUUCCGAGGCUUGUCUCUGAGGAUGCCGAGCAGCUGAUGCGUGUGCGACUUGUUCCUAUCACGGCUCAAGGGCCACGUCGAUCCCGCCAGUGCCACCCGAAGCGGAAUGAGAAGCGAGGAAGAGAGAAACACAAGGGCAACAGAAAGGGGGUGAAAGGGAGAAGAAUGAAGACGGGAAGCGGCAAAGAUUGACGUUCAACGUCAAUGCGAUGGCUUUUGGCCAGCAGGAUGAUGCCGAAGGAGAGUUGAGAGGGAAUCUGGAGAAUGGAAAUAGUAGGCAUCGACGGGGAUCGUGAGAAGGGUAU